GGCGGAGUAAAACCUCUCGCCUCUUCCUCUCUGGCUUUAACAACUUCAGUGGAAUAACGAAAGGACAAAGAGGAUACGAUCUAGAUUCUAGACAAACCUUCUUUAUAACCAGAAGAGUCGUUAAACAGUUGGAAGGGCGAAGACAGAAUUAUGAAUCUUCCGGAGGUGAAGGCGUGAGUGGAGCCGGUCUCCCACGGACAGCCCAGCAUGGACAGCUUCUUUAAGGCUGCUGUGUGCGACCUGGACAAGCUGCUGGAUGAUUUUGAGCUCAAUACAGAUGAGCAUGAGUGCAGAUCAGUCUCCCUGUCGCCUCCCUCAUAUCCCGGCCACUCUCUGGGCGCCCAGGGUUUCCUUCCGGAACCCUCCAAAGUUCCAGUUCCACACUCUCUCCCUGACCUCAACUCCCUGCACUACGGCUCUGCUUCCAGCUCCCCCGACCAUCCUAGCCCCAGUUCUGUGGAGUGUGAGACCAAGGCCCGGCCCCUCACUGGGGUGGACCUGCUCUCCUCUGUAGACGGCCGGGGGUCAGCUAAGAGCUCUGCACCGCCCUGCCCAGACCGGGCCCUGAAGCCUGUGUGUGAUCUGGUCAGUGACACAGGCUCAGCCCACCUCCUCCAGGCCAACAGCCACACCGCCUUCAGUAAGCUGGAUGUGGCAGAGAGCCGGCUGGAGGAGGAGCUUCUGGUGGACUUCACCAGCCCCGUGGUGGCUUUGCCUAGGGAAGCCUCAGCAGGCCUGGGUCUGGGUCCCGGACAUGGGAGUACUGAGGGGAGGGAGGCUCUUGGCGGGGGAGGGGAGGUGCUGCUGGGGCUGGACUCUGGUGGUUAUGCUGCCUCUCUCAGUCUGCUCGAUGUGAUUUUGCCUGCUGCUGUGGAGAGAGCCUGUGAGCCCACAAAUCCCCCCUCGCUGAGAAACUCUGAGUCUGGAGAGACGGAGGGAGAGGAGGCGGGCAUAGAGGUGUCACUUAUCAACUGUCAACUGGAGAACUCACCUGACCACCAGGACCAGCCUGUAGUCCUGCCCGUUGCCAUGGACACCAAGACAGAGGACACACCCACGUGUGAUAUCGCCACAGAUGUCAGGGAUGAGAGCGAGGGGUACUCUGAGCUGGCUGAAGUAGAGAGUUCUGGGAGCUGCACUGGACAGGAACCUAACUCUGAGGACUGCAGUGGCUUUGUGUCUGAGAGCCCCUCAGCCCUGUCCUGCCUGCCCAUGGCCGUGUCCAUGUGCAGGGCCCUGGUGGCCUCCAAGAACCCUGAGGAGGCCAUGGGAGGAGGGUUAGAGGUAGCUGAGGCUGUCCCAACUGAGAACUUAGAGGCAGUGUCCCUGUCUGCAUCUGAGGUGCAGGGGGAAGUCAGUCUCCCAGAGAACCCUGGGACUGUGGAGGAUUGUACCAGCCCUGAUUCUGCCCCUGAAGACCUCUCAGUCCAGUCCCCUAAUACAGAGAGCCCAGAGAUGACAACUAUGCCUUUCCACCUGGCUGUCUCAGCUCCCCCCGUCUCCCAGGUCAGCUUCUCUCAAGUGGAGGUCCAGCCGGCCCCCAUGUCUCCAGAGCGACCUGCGUCCCCUCCCUCAGAGCCCAGCCUAAGCCCGGUGGACCCCCCUGAGUUUGGCUUUGAGUACCUGCCGGAGAGUGACCAGGCUGGGCUGCUGGUGACGGAUGAGGAGCUGGAUGCUUUCCUCCGUGGGGAGGCUCAAGGUGAGGAGGACCAGGGAGUCCCUCACUGCGAGAGGCCCGGGGAGAACCUCCAGGACGAGGGCUUCUCUGAGCUCAAUGGGGACCUGGAGGAGCGGCUGGUGGAGGAGGAGCUGCAGAGCUACAGCCGGAGCCGAGGGGAGGGGUUGGCCUACCUGGAUAGCGACAGGACCUCGUCCGCGUCUGCAGAGGGAAGUGUGAGCUUAGCCCCCUCCAUGCCCUCCCAGGACCCCAGUAGUCCCAGUAACCUCCCACCACCCUACUUUGGAGGGGCCCGACCCAAACAGCUGCACUGCCAAGCAACCAGGGCACCUCCAGCAGUAGGGGAGGACCAGGGGCCCAGUAGCCCCACAGAUAGCACCGACGCUGGGGAGGAGGUGGACCAGAGCCCCUCUCCUCCCAGCCCCAAUCUUGCUCAGGACCCCUCUAAACUGGGUGUGCCCUGCCCAGGGUACUCCCCAACAGAGCCCUACGUGAGCAGUGUGGGGUACAACGAGCUGUCGGAGCCCCCACCCUACCCUGGUGAGCCUGCUGAGGAGGGGUCUGGGUCCUCAGAGGGGAGGGAGGUGGAGGAUGAGAAUGGGCUGGGGUGCAAGCAACCCCCCUGGGUGCCAGAUUCGGAGGCUCCCAACUGUAUGAACUGCUGGCAGAAGUUCACGUUCACCAGGAGGAGGCACCACUGCCGGGCCUGUGGGAAGGUGUACUGUGCCAUGUGCUGCAACAGGAAAUGCAAGCUGAAGUACCUGGACAAGGAGGCCCGGGUGUGUGUCAUCUGCUUCGAGACCAUACACAGAACCCAGGCUCUGGAGCGUAUGAUGAGUCCGACAGGUCCGAGCCCGAACCCCAACGUCCCGUCAGAGUACUGCAGCACAAUCCCCCCCCUGCAACAGGCCCGGGCUGCAGGCACCCUCAACUCCCCUCCGCCCACCGUCAUGGUGCCAGUCUCCGUGCUCAAAACCCCCUGCAGCGACGGUUGUCCUCGUGAGCAGAAGCGUGUGUGGUUUGCAGAUGGCAUCUUGCCCAACGGAGAGGUGGCCGACACCACCAGGCUCUCUGUGACUGGCAGAAGGAGUUCCCAGGAGUCCAGCCCUGUCACACCAGACCCCCCUAUGGCUGGCAGCAGAGUAUCCCCUGGCUUUGCAGCGGUGUCUGAGGGUGGUACGUUGGCCCCUGAGGUCCCAGCAAAGUUGGAGGUUGUGCGCCCCCCAGUGUCAGGGCCCUGGGACUACAGCCUGCUGUGUGGGCUAGGGAGCUGCGUAGAGAGGAGCCCCAGUCUGCUGCCAGAGGAUGACGAGGGCCUGCCACCUCUACUCAUCACCACCGGAGAAGAGGAGGGGGGAGGAGAUCUAUUGGUGGAGGAGCGACCUGCCCCCUGCCAGAUCCUGCUCCUAUUGGAGGAGGGAGGCCCACGACCUUUAACUUUUGUCCUCAACGCCAACCUGCUGGUCAAUGUCAAACUAGUCAGCUACUGCAGUAGGAAGUGCUGGUGUCUGGGCUCCAGUGGUCUACAGACAGUAGGGCAGAGGGAGGUAGUGUUCAUCCUGGAGUGUCUGUCUGAGGAGAGAUCUCUGCCCAAAGACCUGUUCACGCUGUACCUCUCCAUCUAUCAGGACGCACAGAGGGGGAAGUUUGUGGAGGAGCUGGGUAACGUGGCGUUCACAGGUAGUUUCCUGGGUAGUAAGGAGCACGGCGGGGUGCUGUUCUUCUCCCCUACCUUUCAGGCCCUGGAGGGCCUCUGUCUGCCUCCACAGCCCUUCCUCUGUGGCCUGCUCAUCCAGAGGCUGGAGGUGCCCUGGGCCAAGGUCUUCCCCCUUAGACUGCUUCUACGGCUGGGAGCAGAACACAGUGUGUACCCCAGUACGCUGGUCAGCGUCCGCUUCAGAGAGACUGUGUUCAGAGAGACCGGACACACCAUCAUGAACCUGCUGGCUGACCUGAGGAACUACCAGUACAGUCUGCCUGCCGUGGAGGGCCUGAGGAUCCACAUGGAGAUGGGCCACAGCUACAUAGACAUUCCCAAGAGUAGCUUUACUGAGAUGCUGAAGGUGGUGAACGCAUCUAACGAGCAUGUGAUCAGUGUGGGCGCUGGCUUCAGCUCGGAGGCCGAUUCCCACCUGGUCUGUUUCCAGAAUGACGAGGGCAACUACCAGAGCCAGGCCAACAGCCAGCCUGGAAAGACACGCACAGUUACGGGGGCCAGCUUCGUGGUAUUCAACGGUGCUCUGAAGGCUUCGUCAGGCUUCAUCGCCAAGUCAAGCAUCGUGGAGGACGGUCUGAUGGUGCAGAUCCCCCCAGAGACCAUGGAGGCCCUGCGCGCCGCCCUGAGGUUGCAGACGGACUUCCACAUCCCCUGUGGCAAGGCCGACGGAGGGGAGCUCCGGGACAACAUCACCGUGCGCUGGGUCGACUGGAGUGCACCCGUCAACGCUGGUGUGACCAGUGGUGUGGACGGGAAGCCUCUGGAGGGGGUCCACAGUGUGAGGAUUCAGCAGGACACAGAGUUUGAGUCGGACGGACGCACCAUCAGGUGUACUGAGGUGUUCUACGUGUUGAAGAAUCCAGACGUGAUCCUGUCUGCGGUGCUGCCGUCCUGCUGUGUGUUCCAGAGGGAGAUGGCUGUGGCCAGCUGUAGUGCUCUGACCCCUCACCUCUCUGUCCUGUCGGCCAGCGGCAUCAACUCCCUCGCCCUCCGAGUCUCCACACAAACAGACAUGGUGGAGUACCAGGCGGGUUCGGGAGGCAGGCUCCUACCCCAGCGCUAUAUGAACGAGCUGGACAGUGCUCUGAUCCCUGUCAUCCACGGAGGCUUGGCCAGCGUACCACAGACAGCCAUGGACAUGGAGUUUAUCUUCUACAUUACACACACCAUUUAACACACACACAGUCUCACACAUGGAAACACACACACUUUUAAACACACACAGUACGUGCAAAUACGAACACGCACAUAAACACGCAAGUUCAGUUGCACACACACAAACUUUUAGACACACACGCAGCCUGGAUGUCUUUGCACAGAGAAAAACGCUAGAGCUCAGAGGACCAUGGACAUUCUGGCAGGACCUGAGGACACAAACAGCCAUUAAGACAUGGCUUGUGACCGGGCUGAGGAGACAUGCACAGCCAAUCAGGCGUAGCUAACGACUGAACUAAAGACACGCCGCCAAUGUCAGGACAUUCCCACAUAAUCUCUCACUGGAGGCCAGAGGUGUAGGCCUUUGUCCCUGGAUGGACAGUGGGGAAACUGGAACACGGACGUGACUUUCUGUCUAAGAAAAGUCCCUAACGCUGCUUUAACACACAAGGCCAAACACUAAACACACAACAACAACCAAAAAAACAACCCAAACUAUCCUGACACUGACUAUUCUCAUCUCUUCCUGUUCUGCCUUCUUGGCUCCUUGCUGGUAUCGGUCUGUCAGCCAGUCAAGGAGCACCUUGAUGAAUGUUUCCAACAAACAAAGAUGUAUUCACUGUAUAUUUAGAAUGACCACAUGGUAAGAAAUUAUGAAUUAUAAUGAUGUUACUUGAUUGACAGCUGUACACCACACUUGAGAAGAGCAGCACGAGACUCUGUCGAUGUGAAAGGUUAAUCGUCAUUUGAGGAUGUGAAUGCUAUUUUAGAAUGAGGAAAUGGCCUAUGUGGCAAUUCUGAAGUAGCUUCUCGUAAGCCUGCCAUUCUAGAAUGAGGUUUGAAACUUCCUCUCUCUUCAACAGAGUGUGCAGCCAUGUGGCAGACCAGUGGUAUCUGGAUGUUAUGUGGGAAGUUCCCUGACACUGUCCCGUCUUGUCCAAAUGUGUAGAAGGUAUAUGUCGCAUAUACAAAUUGUAUUGAGAUUUUUUUUAGGUUUAAAGUACUAUUUUUGGAAACAGUUCCUUAAAUGGAAUCAAAGUUUAUAUUUUCGAUAGGAUGUUGGCUAGCUGAGUCACUUUCGCAGGUGUAGUACCGAUAAAUUCAGAGGAGCACAGAGAAAAAUAUGUGAAGAGUUCCCUUUAGUCCCCUUGAUGUCAACUGAAAUGUAACAUACCAGUGGGAUUAGUCCACCAAGUCGAACCAAAUACUGAACAUUUGCACACAAAAAUAUAAAUACAAAGGCAUUGAUUCACUUUCCUAUUUGGAAAAGAUGAGACUCUCACGAACACGAUGGUGUUCUCCAUUUUGAUCUACGUCCCCCACAAGCGUCUUGGGACUUGGCUGAAGUCUGUACAGACCAAUUGCCAACUUCUGUCUGUAGCGUCCCAACAGUUUGGGCUACACAGUAAAAUGACCCAUAUGUGUAAAGGUGAGACUCGCGACCACGCACAUGUCAGUUGUUUUCCUCUAGUACGCCCACAGGCCUCACAAGACUUGUCUGAAGGUACCUGGUACCCGUCAACAAAAUUGUAUUCAGACCCCUUGACUUCUUUCACAUUUAGUUAGGUUACAGCCUUCUUCUGAAAUUGAUUCAAUAAAAAUUGUUCCUCAUCAAUCUACACAACACCUCAUAAUGACAAAGCAAAAACAGGUUUUUAGAAAUAACAACUUAUUUACAUGAGUAUUCAGACCCUUUACUAUGAGGCUCGAAAUGGAGCUCAGGUGCAUCCUGUUUCUAUUGUUCAUCCUUGAUGUUUCUACAACGUGAUUGGAGUCCACCUGUGUUAAAUUCAAUUUAUUGGACAUGAUUUUGGAAAGGCACACACCUGUCUAUAUAAUGUCCCACAGUUGACACUGCAUGUCAGAGCAAAAACCCAAGCCAUGAGGUCGAAGGAAUUAUCCGUAGAGUUCCGGGACAGGAUUGUGUUGAGGCACAGAUCUUUGGAAGGGUACCAAAGUAUUUCUGCAGCAUUGAAGUUCCCCAAGAACACACAGUGGCCUCCAUCAUUCUUAAAUGGAAGAAGUUUGGAACCACCAAGACUUUUCCUUCCUAGAGCUGGCCGCCUCACCAAACUGGCCUGAAUGCCAAGGGUCAUGUCUGGAGGAAACCUGGCACCAUCCCUACGGCGAAGCAUGGUGGUGGCAGCAUCAUGCUGUGGGGAUGUUUUUUCAGCAGCAGGGACUGGGAGAUUAGUCAGGAUCGAGGUAAAGAUGAACGGAGCAAAGUACAGAAAGAUUCUUGAUGAAAACCUGCUCCAGAGUGUUCAGGACCUCAGACUCAAACAGGACAAUGACCCUAAGCACAUAGCCAAGACUACACAGGAGUGGCUUUGGGACAAGUCUCUGAAUGUCCUUGAGUGGACUUGAACCCGAUCUAACAUCUCUGGAGAGACCUGAAAAUAGCUGUGCAGCAACGCUCCCCGUCCAUCCUGAGAGCUUGAGAGGAUCUGUACACCUCUCCCACACACACAUUGUGUCACCUCAAUGCUUCCAUAUAUGGUAGUGUUAUAUGUUCUAGUUCCCAUGUCCUGUCCAGCAGUAACAGGAUGUGCUGCAUAAAUAAAUGACUGAUUUAAAGGUGGCUGCUGUAUCCUCACUAGCACAUUGCUUAGCUUACCUGAUAGUUUCUGUCCUCAGUGAUUCUAUAUUUUCUAUUGUGAGGACUGUGCGCUGUCUUGUUGAAAUGUCAGUCACUUACAGAAUCUUAUGUACAGUAUUUAGGCCCCAGACCUGGGAGAAAUGGGUAGUUUGUCUAAGAGUGAUUUCAUAAGAAAGCGUUGCCAUUAACCACCAGGUUAAGGUCAUGUUUCAUCUUCUUGUGGUUAAGGUUUGGGUUAGGUGAUAUGUAGUUAUGGGUAACUGCUGCCGUGACUCAUGUAUGUGCUAUAAGCUGACUGAAUUGGGACAACAUAUUUUGAUUUUAUAUUAAACACCUGAGAUCUUUAAGUUCUUGUUAGGAGUUCCAACUGUUAGCUAAAGUAAAUGCUCCAUUGAUGUGAACAUCCACAUGAGAGAUGGAGAGCGUGAGAAUAGUUUUCAAGAAAUGUACAUAAUGAUAGAUUUUCUGUCAUUUGUAUCAGGAGUACAUUUGUUUUCAAGGUAAAAAAAAAAAAAUGUAUUCUUCUCACUAUGAGUGAUUUUAAGAGAACUUUACAAUUAGUAAACUUUCCAAUUCCCAAAAAUAAUAAUCCAAUUCAAAGUAUAUUUUUGCUUUAAAAAGGUUAAAAUGUAUUGUUUUAUGUCAUUCACCCGUAUUUAUUCAUUAACACCAGCUUUAUUUGGUAAACCUGGUAUCUGGGUCUCAUUGAGCUCUUCAAACAAUAUUCAUUUAUAAAUAUUUCACCUUUACUAAAUAAAAUCAUAGCUUUAUGCAAAUUG